AUGGAAGAGGCCCCUCUGCUGGGCGGCAUGUCCAGCCCCGAGGACGAGAUGGUGACAGACCUUUUCAGCGCCGAGAGUCAGUUUGUUCCUGAAAACCUUCCCCUGAAAACCCCGGUGGCGGUGAAGCACGAGGCAGACGAGUUCCACGUCUUCAAAGACGCGUACCUGGGCUCCGCGAACCCCAAAGAGCCCCUGCUGCACGCCUUCAACGCCCCGCUCGACGGGGCCUGCAAGGGCAAAGUCAAAAUGGAGCUGCUGGUGGAUGAGAACGGAGAUGAGGAAACGCUCGGGGAGUUCCCGAGUCUUCCCAAGCUCAAUCCCCUGGAAGACGCCGUUCUUCCCGCCGCCCAGCAGCCGCACGCCUACAACCUCUACUUCCUGUCCUCCCUGCUGACCCCGCACAGGAGUCCUGCCGUAGGGCCCCUGGGCGCCUGGGCCAGGGAAGGAGCCGCCCACCCCGGCGUCCGCGUGAUUCCAGUUGAAAUCAAGGAAGCAGGUGGUACUAUCACAAGUAACAAUCUGGAGGAAGCAACUUUUCAGAACCUUCUGGCCCAGGAGUCCUGUUGCAAGUUCCCAACAUCACAAGAAGCAGAGGAUGCCUCUGGCUGCUCUCAUAAGAAAGACUCUAACCCAAUGGUGCUAUGUCAGUUGAAAGGGGGUACACAAAUGCUGUGUAUAGACAAUUGUGGCACAAGAGAACUAAAAGCACUUCAUUUGGUUCCUCAGUAUCAAGACCAAAAUAAUUAUCUACAGUCAGAUGUCCCUAAACCCAUGACUACUUUAGUAGGAAGAUUUUUGCCAGUACCAGCAAAUUUAAAUCUCAUUACACAACUUGAUAAUGGAGCCUUACCAUCCGUGGUCAACGGGUCUGCUUUCCCUUUGGGAUCAACUCUUCCAGGACCACCAAAAAUAACUUCGGCUGGGUAA